CGAUCUAGAGGUAUGGAUGCUUUUUCUUUCUCCUGUCGCUACUGCCUUUAGAAUCGGCCGCCAUCCGAGGAGUUGCCGGAGCCGGGAUCUCUCAGGGACAGUCGUUUGAGCUGGCGUGGGAGUAAGGGCUCAGGAGGAAGGCAUUCAGAAUGGUCCAGCGUUUGACAUACCGUCGUAGGCUGUCCUACAAUACAGCCUCUAACAAAACUAGGCUGUCCCGAACCCCUGGUAAUAGAAUUGUUUACCUUUAUACCAAGAAAGUUGGGAAAGCACCAAAAUCUGCAUGUGGCGUGUGCCCAGGCCGACUUCGAGGAGUUCGCGCUGUGAGACCUAAAGUUCUCAUGAGACUGUCUAAAACAAAAAAACAUGUCAGCCGGGCUUAUGGUGGUUCCAUGUGUGCUAAAUGUGUCCGUGACAGGAUCAAGCGUGCUUUCCUUAUUGAAGAGCAGAAAAUCGUUGUGAAAGUAUUGAAAGCACAAGCACAGAGUCAAAAAGCUAAAUAAAAAAAAAAGGAAGCUUUUUUGAGUAAUAAAGUGAAAAAGCCUUGUUCUGUUAA